AUGGGUGUACCCAUCACACUCCCCACUCGACAACUAGCCCUCGUAGCCAUCCGACGACAAAUUGAAACUGCAACUACAACAUCUACAAUAACCGAAACUACUGAUCCUACAGUUGCAACUGCAACUACAACAUCUACAAUAACCGAAACUACUGAUCCUACAGUUGAAACUGCAACUACAACAUCUACAAUAACCGAAACUUCUGAUCCUACAGUUGCAACUGCAACAUCCGCAAAUGCAGAGACCACUGAUUCUAUUGUUACAACUGCCAUAUCCACAGGUACUGAAGCCACUGACUCUACAGUCACAACCGUUGCAUCAACGGAAUUACAAGAAACAACAGAAUUAUAUUCUGAUUACAGUGAAGAGAAUGUUGGAGAAGCUACUGUAGCUGAAGAUGAAUUCCAAAGUGAUAUAUCAGAAGCAAGCACUACUUCUGAAACAGAUUCCUCUGUUGAGCCAGAGCUAUCAGCUGAGCCCGAGCCUUCAGCUGAGCCCGAGCCUUCAGCUGAGCCCGAACCAUCAGCUGAGCCCGAGCCAUCAGCUGAGCCCGAACCAUCAGCUGAACCCGAACCAUCAGCUGAGCCCGAGCCAUCAGCUGAACCGGAGCCCUCACCUGAACCUGAGCUAAGUCCAAACGAAAAAUUGAAGAGAGAUGCGGAUAUGGCGAUAAAAGUUUUAUAUAUAAAUACAUUGAAAAACCGCAUGGAUAAAACUAGCAUUUUUGUUUCAGAAAUUAGUAUUAUUGCAGGAGAAAGUGAAGAUGGUUGGCAAAACAACGAGACGAAUGUGGACAUGAAUGACGAUUAUGUUACUCCAACUUCUGAAACUACUGAUCCUACAGUUGCAACUGCAACUACAACAUCUACAAUAACCGAAACUACUGAUCCUACAGUUGCAACUGCAACUACAACAUCUACAAUAACCGAAACUACUGAUCCUACAGUUGAAACUGCAACUACAACAUCUACAAUAACCGAAACUUCUGAUCCUACAGUUGCAACUGCAACAUCCGCAAAUGCAGAGACCACUGAUUCUAUUGUUACAACUGCCAUAUCCACAGGUACUGAAGCCACUGACUCUACAGUCACAACCGUUGCAUCAACGGAAUUACAAGAAACAACAGAAUUAUAUUCUGAUUACAGUGAAGAGAAUGUUGGAGAAGCUACUGUAGCUGAAGAUGAAUUCCAAAGUGAUAUAUCAGAAGCAAGCACUACUUCUGAAACAGAUUCCUCUGUUGAGCCAGAGCUAUCAGCUGAGCCCGAGCCUUCAGCUGAGCCCGAACCAUCAGCUGAGCCCGAGCCAUCAGCUGAGCCCGAACCAUCAGCUGAACCCGAACCAUCAGCUGAGCCCGAGCCAUCAGCUGAACCGGAGCCCUCACCUGAACCUGAGCUAAGUCCAAACGAAAAAUUGAAGAGAGAUGCGGAUAUGGCGAUAAAAGUUUUAUAUAUAAAUACAUUGAAAAACCGCAUGGAUAAAACUAGCCCGCAGUUGUUUUCGGAGAUUCUGAAGAUACUCCAAUAA